AACACUGGAUAUCCUUUUGUCUAGUAUAGAACGGUGCUCUAGCUCACCUACUGGGAAAAACUUGUAUGCAGUUGUUUGGUUUUUUUUUUUUACUUGUUAUGUUAAGUUAAAAGAAAAACUGGAUUCAAGUAAGAUUUCACUGUGUUGUUUAGGAUGAUUUGUACCAGGCAGUGUCUAACUGUGUUUCCCUCAAGAUAGGCACCUGAUUACCCAGUUCAAUGAUAAAGUAAUGCAGUAACAAAUUAGAAUACACAGUUUACCUACAAAAUACGAGUUGAAACUUCAUCACAUGUGGUGCAUUCAUUUCUUUAUGGUGGCACUCUAGUGAAGAAUAAACCAGAGCAGAGGUGAGUGAUGAUAUUAUCCAUGCAGAUCAACAGAUAAUUGCUGAAGCAAGGACUUAGUGAUGCCUAUAUUCCAUCUCUCCAGCAUCUGCCUUUGGUAGGUCAGAAUCACAGAGAGCCCAGACACUGCCAUGACUACUAAGUGGGAAAAAGCUCUUCACUGCCUGCAGCCAUCCACAAGCAUGAGAGGUAGAAAAGCCCACAUGCUUCUAGUCAGACCACAGAUCCUAAGAAUGGGACCUGGACACUGCAUGAAGAGUCAUGUGUCACCUAACAUGAAACCAAACUGCCUUUCCAGUCUCUUCCAGUAGAGGGAUUGUUUAUCUAGGUAUGGCCAGAUAAAAAUAACCUCUUGUUUCCAUGAGAUGUAAUCUAUAAAGGCUGGGCAGAGAAUGAAGAGAAAACAAGUGUUCUACAGUGUCCUGGAGUAAAUUUAUUCUUGGCUUCCGGUAUGAUUGCUCCUAUGUAGCUGAGGUCUUCUGGCAUGUCACAGACAUUGCAGGGCACUCCAGCAAUGCCUUUGUUUUUUUUCCUAUAGUAUAUACUAAAGAGAUCUGUUCUAGCCUAGUUAGUUUUAUGGGAAGUCCUUCUCAACCAACCUAGAAGAAAGUCUUCAUGUCAUAGUGGAGAGAUGGUGGGUGAAGGCUUUCCAUGGGUUUCCCUGUGUGUAUAUGGCUCUAAGAAGGUUUAGAGUGGUGUGCAUUGGGCUACUCACACGGCGUGCUCAGUCAUGUGGCUCAUCCUUCUGUGUUUUCGUAUCCAUCUAUAUUUAGGCUUUAUCUGUGAUUCCUGUGAUGUACAUUCAGUGCCUAACUGAUUGUAAACUUCAUACAUUGAUCCUCCUGAAGCCCCAGUCUCACUGAUGACUGGACCUGGAACAAGCAGUCAGAUCAAAUGCACAAAUACUCAGAGUUGUUAGUUGUCCUGAGUUUUCUACCAUAAGCUGACAUGACCUCUUGUUGUAACUGUAUUCUCAGUUUUUUCCUUCUUAAGGGGAAUUUGUCAAAAUGCACCUGUAACCUCUCAGGAAACAGAGAGACCUUCAGUCUCUGGGGCUCCUUCUGCAAAAACAACUGAAAUGAAAACAAAAGACAUACCGGAGAUUUCUGACACGACACUUGCACCAAAUGUCAAUAAAAGUACCUCAAAGACUUUGGAAUCGGAGGAAGUUAGAAAACACCAACGCGUUUCGGAUUUAUUAAAGAGAAUUGAGCAGAAGCAAGCCAUGGGGCCCCAGUAUGGAGUAGGAAUGCAAGCCUUUAGUGGUGCUUCACCUGAAACAACUGUGAAGAAAGAGAAAGAGAAUUCUGCCUCAUCUUCAGUAGUUGAAGAAAAGACAUCAGAGUCUAUGACGAAGGUUGAGCCCAGACGAUUCAAAAACUUUUUUUCUAUCUUGGAAAGAUUUUACAAGAAGGACCCAGGUCCCUCCCAGACUCCGGAGGAACCUCCAGUUCUUGAAACUACUUCCAAAGAAAUAGGAAAACCAAGAAAAAAAGGUACUGAGAAUGUCCCAGACAUUAAACAGAUAUUUUGUAGAGAUGAAGAGUUUGAACCUCAUGAUGAGGGGUCCUGGGAAGAAUAUAAAAGCUAUUUCCCGGGUGGUGUCCGUGUGUCAGAAUCCAGACAUACCAUGACUUCCACCAUGGUAGGGAGUUAUACAGCACAGGCAGGAGACACAGAUGUUGAAGAACAACAUCAAGAUCUUGAUAGUAAAGAAUCGUUUCCUGAUGUGAUGGAAGUUCAACAAUGGGAACAAAGAAAAGUGUCAAGUACUUUAUCUCCUGCGAUUGACACACUGUUUGUAAAGACAUCAACAUCCUCGGACGACAACCACAUAUCAAUAAGAAGGAAAAGAGGAAGAAAUGGAGGAGGCGCUAGUACUGAUUAAAAGAAUGAGUUUGGCAAUGUU